GUGUGAUUGAUCUGUCUCAAAAUACUGACAAACCACUGUAAUUCAUUUGAAAUCUAAGAGUUCAUGGUCGCGAAAUAUUGAUCUGUUGUUGUCUAACAAGAGUGAAAAGGACUCCUCCUCUUCGCAUGAUCAAAACAAAGUAUUAGACAACAUUUCUCAACAAUAUAGACUGCAUAGCCAAGAUAAUGUAAUUGAAAUGUUUGUCUUUUGUGUGUGUGUGUGUGUGUGUGUGUGUAUUGUUUUGAAAAAUCGCCUGUGUUUUGGUUUAAUAAAUCUUAUCUUUUGAGUUUCCCUGUGCUGAAGAGGGAAUUCCAGUGAGUUUCAUUGAACGUCGUGGAUUCUUUAGCCAAUUGGGUCUCUCACCCCAGAAUUGGAGGCUUAAUUUUACCCAGCCUCUUUGGCAUUUUGAUUGAUGUUCCCGUGGCUCCAUCCGGCAUAUCUAUAAGGGUAAAGGGAGGCAGUAAAAAAGACAAUCGUCUGUAGUUCAGUCUUUCUCACACAUGCAGUCAACGCUAUUAGAUAACGACAACUCUGGACUAAACUGCGUUUUAGUUGCUGUAUGAUAACUGGGGUGACGUGGAGGAUCCUGUAGGCUCGCAGGAGCGCGCGCCUCUCCACACCAUGGAUCAUAUGGGAGCGCAUCUCCACCAUACGCACGCAGACACCAUCAGUUUUGGGAUCGAUCAGAUUCUUAACAAUGCAGACCAGGGGAGCUGCAUGAUCUCCAACCCCAGAAUGCAGGACCUGGACUACGGCUUGGGCUGCAUAGUCAGCACAGCCUACAAUACCAUGACUGGCAACUACAGCGUAAAUAACUCGGCUGGAUACAAUGGAAACUCGUGCAGCGUUGGUUCCCUCAACGGCUCGUACAACAUGAACUUGGGCACGAAUGUUAAUGGGAAUUGCCUUAAUUCUUCGGGAGUGAUCCGGGUUCCAGCGCACCGGCCGCUGAGCAGCGUUCACUCGUCCAUUCCCACCAGCGCUUCCACGGUGCCAAGUAUGGGAAGCAUGGGCACCAUUAACAAUCUCACGGGAUUAACGUUUCCAUGGAUGGAGAGUAACAGGAGAUAUACCAAAGACAGAUUUACAGUGGCCCUCUCACCGUUCACUGUAACACGCCGUAUAGGUCACCCGUAUCAGAACCGAACCCCUCCGAAGAAGAAGAAGCCCCGAACGUCGUUCACGCGCCUCCAGAUCUGUGAGCUUGAGAAACGCUUCCACCGUCAGAAGUAUUUGGCGUCAGCUGAGAGGGCCGCCUUAGCGAAAGCACUUAAAAUGACUGAUGCGCAGGUCAAAACAUGGUUCCAGAACAGAAGAACGAAAUGGAGGCGGCAGACAGCGGAGGAGAGAGAAGCAGAGCGACAACAAGCGAACCGAAUUCUUAUGCAACUUCAACAAGAGGCUUUUCAAAAGACUAUAAACCAACCUGUUACUCCGGACCCAAUCUGCCUUCACAACAGCUCUCUGUUCGCACUUCAGAACCUCCAGCCCUGGACUGAGAACACGGCGAAAAUCAGUAGCGUUCCCAACACUGAUUAAGAUGGGGAGACUUUUAUGGACGUGGGAUGUACAGAGGAAUAUCUCAACAUCAGAUUGUUUUCUUCUUUUUAACGUAAAAUUAAUCUUUCAUUUGUAAUAUGCAACUUGUAAAAACAGUUAAAAUACACUUGCCGCUCUCCGUUGCAGUCGUGCAGAAUAAUCUUUUUUUUUAGGCUAAUUGAUUUUAUCUUUUCGUUUUCAAAAUGCAACGAUCGAAAUGUAAGCAUAAAAGCGUAUAUUUCGUUUGUACCUUAAACAUUCAUUUUAUUUUGUACACUUCCAUUAACCUAACGUUUUGUGGUAACACUUUAAUAACUUUUAGCUAUUAAUAAGUUUAAUAAGUCACAAAAUAUUACAAAUAAAAUUUAGAAACAAAAGUACGAAUCUUCGUAAAAUUAUGGGCUUUUCUCCCAAAAGCAUAGUAAUUUAAGUAGCCUAGGCCUAUUAAAAAUUCGUCACAGAACGAAAAGUGUUCUACACUGCUAAAUAAAUCUUAAGGACACCUGCAGGACAACCGCAAAAUUACAACUAAACUUAAUAGUAGCCUUAUCAAAUUAUCUUGCAAUUAAAGCUACAUUAUCCACUGCAUCCAUUAUUACUGACUAGUAGGAAAACAUAAUGACAGCUAAAUAAAUAAAUUGGCCAUAUUUCUCAUUUGCUCAUUGAUAUAUUAGCACAUCAGACUCUCGCGCAAUGCAUUAGCCUAUACUGUCACCAUUAUGACUGCACAAUACAGGCUACUUUGAGGGAAAAAAAACACUGCUUGAUUGGCGAAUCUAAAGCGAAACGCUACCUCUCUGUUGUAGCAUAAAAUAAGCAUCGUUAUAGGCUAUCCUUGUCAUUGCCAGGAUUAGACACAGAUAAGGCCUCGCUGUAAGAAAUGAAGCCCGUCCCCAAGCGCCCGAGAAGCUUGCACCUCUUAACCCACAAUCGAGUGAAAACGAAAGAGUCGUGCGUGUUCACGGACCUCCUUGCCAUGACAAUGUUUAAACUCACAGACCACCUAAAGGUUUCGCCGCGACUCCCUCUUUGGCACAUUUGGCAUCUUUAAACAUCUAAUUAGGUAGGAAUGAAGGUCUAUAUUAACAUGAGGUGAACAGCACUGACUUUAGCGCGUAAAACGUGUUCUCGUGUUGUAAAAACAACGAACAUUCGUAAAUUCUCUUAAAAAUGUUUCUUUAUUGGCAUGGUUCCAUGAAGAACCUUUAACAUUCAUGGAACAUUAACAUUGCAAAAAGGUUCUUUAUUGUUAAAAAUGUUUUUUAAAAUGUUCUUUACACUAAGAAAAAAUGGUUCUUUUUAAGAAUUUUUAACUCAAAUGUUGUUUGGUGGAAGAUUCUAUGGCAUCACUUUUAAAACCUUUAUUACUUGGAGAAAUGAAAAUAUAAGGCCAUACAAGCUUAAUUAACUAUUUGAAUGAACUGUAUUUAAAUCAACUGUAAUCAGCUAAUGAACAGAUGAACAUAAUGUUAUGAACAAAGUUAUUAUAAAGUGUUACCAAUUUAUUUUUCAGAUAGGCCUAUCCUUUUUCAUAAUCGUAAUGUUAGGCUACGCUUAGGGAUUGCAUUUUUGCACGUUUGUUAAUUGAAACUUUCAACAAAUUCGUCCUGUGGAUUAAACAUAGGCCAAGUCUACAGGAAAAAAUGGGCCUAUGAAUCUACAUAAAAAUCAUUCUUUAUGCUUGUGAUAAAUGAGACUGUCAUUUUUUCACCGUGAAGACGGAAGCGUGAUAUUAGCUAAUUAAAGCACUUGUUAGGCUAUAUGUUGUUGCUACUUUCCAGAAAGAUUAUUUGUUGUCAAAUAUUUACUUCUUUUAACAUUUGUAUUACAUUUAAGUUUUUCGUUUUCUGGAUAGUUUGUCUUUUCAGACUUUUCAGAUGUUCUCGGGAACCCUCAGACGCAGCCAUUUAUUUUGUCCAAAUAUGCUAUUCCAGCUAGGCCUAUUGAUACAAAUGAAAGAGAACGUCGAAAUAUCAGUUUUCUGUAACACCUGUACACCUACAACUCUACAUUUUUUUUUUGUCUGAAUUUUAAUUUUACACAUCCAACAGUUUAUCAAAGCAGAUCAACUUGGUAGCACUGUUAUGCUUAUUAUAUUUGUUUAUAUUGAAAUAUAAACUUAUAAAGAUU